ACCUCCUGGAAUCAAACUUUACUGAAUUGGUUCAGAAUUCUGAGAAAACAAACAUAGGUACACCCUGCAUGGUUGAAAGUCUCCUUUGCAAAUCUGCAGCGAGGGGGCCAUUUUAAUAAUUAGUGUUGCUAGUGUGUUCUAGGCAUUAAAAGUAGCACAAAUAUAUAGUACUCAAUGUAUAUCACUAUAUACUGUGAAGUGUGCAUGUGUGUAUUCAGGAUUCAGUGAUCCUCUAGGACAAAGUCAUGUUUUUUAAAAAGAAUGAGAUGAGACAGAGAAAAUGACACUUGGAAUCCUCGCAUAACUCCUGACUGUUGUUCUAAGUCUUUAAGAAAAAUGGCUCAUGUUUUCAGGUUUUGAUCAACAACCAUGUCUAGAUGGUACAGUGUUCCUUUUAACAAGGAUUUCCAGAUAUUGUUGACUACAAAUCCAAUUUCAGUGCUUGCCCUAGGCGCUAUUUUCCCUAGUCCCCUAGUUAUGGCGUCUGGUCAUCCCACAGUUUAUGUUCCAAAGCCAGGCCUGAAGCCUGAUUGAAAUGGAUCUAGAGAAUCCAUUUCUAGAUAAUCCAUGAAAUGGAAUUUUCUAGGAAUUCUCUUUGGGAACCAUGAGGGCAAGGGCUCUACUCCACUUGCUGAGCGUACAUAAGAACAGCCCUGCUGGAUCAGUCCCAAGGUCCAUCUAGUCCAGCAUCCCGUUUCACACAGCGGCCCACCAGAUGCUGCUGAGCCACAGGAAGACAUUGAGGACAUGCCCUCUCUCCUGCUGUUACUCCCCUGCAACUGGUUUUAGUAGUUUUAGCUGUUCUAAUUAUGUGCCUGAGUGAGGAUGUGAACCUGGGCAGAGCUAGGGGGUGCUUCAGUUACAGUGGUUACGGGUAGGGUAAGGCAUGCCGUAGGGCCCUAUGUACAUCAAAAGAAGGGGAGAGUGGUUAACUACAUAUUCCUGUGCAGGUGUGGAGCCAGCUGAAUGGCGGUCUGUUUCUAGCCCCGCCUGACGGCCCCUCUAGUAACACCCCACGUGAGGUAACGUGCACGGGGGCGUGGCUUGAACCCCAGAGAGCCCCGAAUGAGCUCUCCCCUCCCACUCCCUGGCUCCAGUCCAGGGAGCCCAAGAAAGCUCUUGCCCCAUCUGUUUCAGGGAGGGUUUGCUGCCGGACAGACAGACUUUAUAUCCCUUUCUCUCCCUCCAUCGAGGAAGAGCUCGCUUGGGCUAUCCCAAGGCCAGGCCACAUCCCCGUGCGUGUGAUGGCUCGGGCAGUUGACAAGAUCACUCCCAAGUGCCCUCUCCCAUAGAGCAGAGCCCAUGCAGCACCUUGAAUUGUCUCCACGGACCUCAUGUGAGAGUUUCACUGAUUUCUGCAGUGCUGCACUCAAAAGUGCUCAAAGGAAGUCUGAGAGCAGGAGUGGUCAUAGAAGGGAGGAAUAAUUUGAGCAGAUGACUGACAAGGAUGCUCCACUGUAUGGAAACUCACCCACCGGAUGGAAAGAUACUUUCCUCAGCCAAAGGUGCUGGAAUGAUAAUGCCAAUGUAUUCUCAGACAUCUUUCUGGUGGCAUGGAAGAAGCUUCAGUAUUAGCAGAUCAGGGUCUAGUGACCUUUGCGGAAGUGGCUGUGUACUUCAGCGAGGAGGAAUGGGCUAUGCUGGAUAAGGACCAAAAAGCCCUACACGGGGAAGUCAUGCAGGAGAAUUAUAGGAAUGUGGCUUCUCUGGCAGGUGACAGGUAUGAGAAUGAGAGAGGAUCUCGUGGAGGAUUGUUGGGAGGUGCCAGAUGGGAAAAGAGGGAACAGAGAAUGCACACAGAGGAGAAAGCAUAUAAAUGCUUGGAAUGUGGGAAGAGCUUCAGUCGGAAUACACACCUUACAAGACACCGGACAAUCCACACUGGGGAAAAACCAUAUAAAUGCUUGGAGUGCGAAAAAAGCUUCGGUUUAAGAUCAUGCCUGACUAGACAUCAAAGGAUUCACACAGGAGAGAAACCAUAUACAUGCUUAGAAUGUGGAAAGAGCUUCGCUUGUUUGGGAAGUCUUAAUACACAUCAAAGUAUCCAUACCGGAGAGAAACCAUAUCAAUGCUUGGUGUGUGGAAAGAGAUUUCGUUUCAAUGGAGGCCUCACUUUACACCAAAGGAUUCACACUGGAGUGAAACCAUACAAAUGCUUGGAAUGUGGAAAGAGCUUUACUCAGAAUCAGAGUCUUACUAGACAUCAGAGGAUCCACACAGGAGAAAAACCAUAUAAAUGUUCCGAAUGUGAGAAGAGCUUCCGUGAGAGAGGAAAACUGACUAGACAUCAGAGAAUCCACACUGGAGAGAAACCGCAUAACUGUUUAUAAUGUGGGGAUAGCUUCAGCAAGAGUGGAAAACCUACCUAACAUCAAACUACCCACACUGGGGAGAAAUCAUAUAAAUGUUUGGAGUGUGAAAAGAGCUUAAAUCAACAUGGUAACCUCACUUUGCAUCAAGGCUUAAUCAAGGGGCUGAAUAGGAGUCUACAAACUGGUGUGCCUUCUCUGCUUAAGGAUUUCACACACAGUCAAUCCUCACAUUAAUUUUUCAACUUGGCAAAAUAAUAUGUCUGCAAAUUCUCUCUACUAUAAAAUUUACUCCAAGUUCUUCAAGGCAGUAUUUCUCUUUCUCUCUCACAGGGUGGCAGGAUAGUACCCCGUUUUGGUCUUUAUAUUCUUUUAUCACAGUGACUCUACUUUCCUCAGGCGCUGUUCACUGACUAGGAAAGCCUUCCUUAUUAGGAAGCCUUUCCACAUAAUUUUUUGUUUUAUAUUUUUUAAAUGGGUGUGGGGAUGCAGGGAUAUGAGAGGGAUUCUUGUGAAUUAUACACACAUCCUGGAAAGUGUGCAUUUAAUUUGGUAAUGUUUAGCUUUUGCUGUUGUACAUCAGAUUCUUAAUAAAUAAUCAUAAAAACAACUCUGUAGAGGCACAAGACUGUAACAAGCAGAGAUAUAAUUUCAAUUAUUUGAAGCCUCUUUUCUAACCAUUAGGUUUUUUAACACCUAGCAAUACAGUACAUCUGUUUUUCUAACAUUACCCUUUUGUCCUAGUUUUAGGAAUAGUCUUCUUUAUUUCUAUUAUUUGAUGGUAAAGAAAAUGAAAAAUCUUAAACUACUGAUUUCCCCCCCAAAAGUGGGCUUUUUCCAUGGAGAAAAAUGGGUUGUAAGAGUGGACAUGGUUGAAGCAUAUAGAAUUGUGCAUGAUGUCGAGAAAGCAGACAAGAGUAUUUCUCCCUCUCUAAACACUGCAAUCGGGGCUAUUCAAUGCAACGGACUGGGAGGAGAUUUUUGUGUGUGUGUACCGCCUAGAGCCUUUGGAGUCAGGCGGUAUAUAAAUUAAAUAAAUAAUAACAAAUAAUGCCCUUUUUUACUCACUGAAGAAGGUGCCCCUUCACAAGCCACAAAGAAGCCAGGCUGUGCCUGUGGACCUGUGUGCGCACAUAUAUGUCAAGAUUUUUUUUUUAAUGGGGAAUGGUUAGGUGGGUAUCCCCAGGAAGGAUACAGGGAUAAAGAGACCCAACACAAAGUAGCAUGCUGUAUGUCUGUAAGUGGAAGAACCUCCAGCAUCUGAGCUGUGAGUGCAUUUAUGCACAUUAUCUGUUGUGAGGAUAAAAAUAGCCAUGUACACUGCUCUAAGCUCCUCAGAGGAAGAGCAGGAUAUAAAUGUAUAGUAAAAUAAAUAUUUCUCUAUGGCA